AUGUUGAAGAUCCGAGUUUUCUCCUUCCGCGGGUCCGGCGACGAGGACCAUGAGGCACGUCCGGGCUCGUCGUCGGAUGGACUCCGACCGGCGUCGUCUCCGCCGACGCUCGUGCCGACGUCGCCGAGGCGUCGGGCGGGCGCCGCCACCCGGCGCCUGGCCAGCGCCGUGUCCACCACCUUCCGCAAGCUGGGACACAAGCUGGGACACCACCGACAUCAGCAGAGGGCGCCCCGCAGGUCUCCGCCGGCCUCGGCAGAGUUGGGACCGCGCCGGAACCUCUUCCACUUUCCCGGUCGGCUGAGCGUGAGCCACCCGAACGUGUCGUGCUCGGACCUGGCCGCCCUGGCCAGGGACUCGGCGGCCUCGUGCCCGCUCCCGAGGGGCCAGCGGAAGGACGUGGCGGCCGCGGGCGGCGCCUCCUACUCGGACCCGACCAUGCUGCGCAGUCGGCGCAGAAUGCGGGUGGAGUCAACGGAAGACGAGACGUCGUCGAUGACGCCUCCGCUCGCGUCUUCGACGCCCCCGUCGUCCCGAUUGGCCGGAGUGGACAGCACCGACCUCAGCGACGUCUUCGGACUGCGGAGCCGCCGUGCGGCCGCCGGGGCCCCGGACUCCGCGACGGCCGGCGUGGUCCUCUACAAGCUCCAAGUCCACCUCCGCUGCGGAAAGAACCUCGUGGCCAAAGACGCCUGCGGUACGAGCGACCCGUACGUCAAGUUCAAGCACGGCGGCCGGCAGGUGUACCGCAGCCGCACGGUGUCCCGCUCCCUGGACCCGUACUGGGACGAGUGUUUCUUCCUGCCCGUCCGGGACCUGUGGGACCCGCUGCUGGUCCGGGUCUUCGACUACGACUUCGGACUCCAGGACGACUUCAUGGGCGCAGCGCUCGUCGAACUACACACUCUGGAACUGGACAGGCCGACGGACGUGCUGCUCAACUUGACGGAGUCCGGCAAGCCCGAAGACGUGAACGCCAAGGACUUGGGCUACAUCGUGCUCACCGUCACCCUGUUACCGGCCACGGCCAAGGACGACGUCGAACAACAGUACUUCAGCAAGAGCCUGCGACUGGGCUCCAGCGGCAGUGGCGACGCGGGGGCCAAGAAGGCCAAGACCCAGCCCUGGGACAGCGUGGUGAACGUGGUCCUGGUCGAGGGCCGCAAUCUCCUGUCCAUGGACGACAACGGCUUCAGCGACCCGUACGUCCGCUUCAAGCUGGGCAACGAGAAGUACAAGAGCAAAAGCGCUGCGAAAACGCUGAAUCCGCAGUGGCUCGAGCAGUUUGACCUGCACGUGUAUUCCGACCAGUCCCGGACACUGGAGCUGACCGUCUGGGACAAGGACUUCAGCGGAAAGGGUGACUUCAUGGGCAGGUGCUCGAUCGACGUAGGCAGCCUGGAGCCCGAGAGGACGCACUCGGUCUGGCAGGAGCUGGAGGACGGGGCGGGCUCCCUGUUCCUCCUGCUCACCGUGAGCGGGACCCAGGGCUCCAGCUCCGUCUCGGACCUCAUCGCCCACGACGCGGCCGGGGCCGUGGCCAGGAACGGGGCCGUCCGUCUCAGAUACGGUCUCCUGCACAGCUUCCACGACUGGGACGACGUUGGUCACCUAGUCGUCAAAGUGUUCAAGGCCCAGGGGCUUGCCUCUGCCGACCUGGGUGGGAAGAGCGACCCCUUCUGCGUCCUGGAGCUGGUCAACUCGAGGCUACAGACCCACACCGAGUACAAGACGCUCUCGCCCGAGUGGAACAAGAUCUUUGCCUUCAAAGUAAAGGACAUUCAUUCGGUACUGGAACUAACGGUGUACGACGAAGACCGGGACAAGAAGUGCGAGUUCCUCGGAAAGCUUGCCGUGCCUCUCAUCAAGAUUAAAAACGGAGAAAAGAAAUGGUACGGUCUGAAGGACCGGAAACUCAAGACUAGAGUCAAGGGUCAGAUCCUUCUGGAGAUGAACGUUGUCUACAAUCCGAUCAAAGCCUGCGUGAAGACAUUCAACCCUAAAGAAACCAAGUUCAUGCAACUCGACCAGAAGUUCAAACGCAUUGUGUUCAUGCGCAACCUGACGCGUGUCAAGAACAUUGUCAUGUUUGUCAUUGACAUGGGCAAGUUUCUCAAUAGCUGCUUCCUCUGGGAGUCUGUGCCAAGAUCCCUCCUUGCCUUUGCCGCCUUCCUGGUGAUCACGUACACUGCUGAGCUGUACAUGCUGCCCCUGGUGCUUCUGCUGGUCUUCCUCAAGAAUCUGCUGGUUCUCACAGUGGCCGGGAUUCAGGGGGGCGGCAGGGAGGAGGAAGAGCUCAAUGAAGACGACGAGGAAGAUGAAGAGGAUGACAAGGAUCCCAAAACAGAAGAGAAGAAAAGCCUGAAAGAGCGUCUUCAAGCCGUCCAAGAGGCCACCGCCACGGUGCAAAACGUUCUCGGAGAAGUGGCAUCGCUCGGCGAAAGGAUCAACAACACGUUUAACUUCAGCGUCCCCCUGCUGUCGUGGCUUGCCAUCAUCGUGCUCCUACUCGUCACACUCAUCCUGUACUACAUCCCCAUACGCUACGUGCUCAUGGCCUGGGGGGUGAACAAGUUCACCAAAAAGCUACGCAGCCCCGACAUCAUUCCAAACAACGAGGUCAUGGAUUUCCUCAGCCGCGUGCCCGACAACGAGGAAAAGAUCAUGUACCGGGAGAUCCGGCCGAACCUGAGUGCGGCACUGGAGGCGGAGCGGAAGAAGAAGAAGAAGAGCAGCUGAUCUUGGGCUUCCCUCCAGAACCUGGCCCGGCAGCGCAUGGGGAUGGUCCCCGCCUUUCACUUCACAGACAACGAAUGGCGCCGUCGCGGUUCGCCCCAACGUUCCUCGUGAUGCGCGCCUUUUUGCGGGGGUGCCACGUCUGCUGUGAUAUUCGAUGUCCCCCUCCCCAUCCCUCUUCUUUCAACAGGGAUUUUUCCCUUUCACGAAGGUUGCGCGGCGAGAGUCUCUUCGAACGGGUUCCGUUUUGCCAAUGUUGCGAGGAAAUGUGGGACUGCGUUAGAGCGAUGUCCAUGGACGAGCGAUGGUGUAUGUCCUACGUGUUGUUUAAACUCGGUCUGUGGCGUGUACACUAAAAAAAAAACUCUCUCUAACGAUUCCCGAAAACCGUAAAAUUUUCAGUGAGAGCAGUUUAUUGCUAUAGUUAGUCUAACGUCAGUAUAAUAAAUAAAAGAACCCUCGGAAGGGAGAUACAUGGUUCGGCGCCAAUUGCUUCCAUGCACAGAUCGAUCUCCAUUAG